AUGGCUCUCGAGGACUCCGACGACGCGUGCGUGUACGUGAAGGAAUCAGUGCUGCGCGAGCUCGAGCAGGAGCGUCGGCGACUCAAAUGGCAGCUCUCCCGGGCACUACAGACGUCGGACGUCCGCACCGCCGAGCUGGAAGCGAGCAAGGCCAAAGUCAAGGACCUGCUGACGAUCGUGGAGGUGAACAAAGGCGUCGCGGACCAGGUGGUGCAGCGCUCUCGAGGUCGAGAGGCCCAGCGCAGAGCAGAGCUCGAGACUCUGCACCAGCAGAGCAAGCAGCAGCGGCAGCGGUACGUGGACUUGGCGCUGCGAAUGAUGAACCGAAGAGUCCGCGACAGGCAGCAGCGUGACGCGUUCCAGUCGCUGCAGCACGCAGUCCAGCUGCGAGGUCGGCGUCGUGAGGCGAUACUGAAGUUGCUCGCUCGGUAUCGACGGAGAGCCUUGGGGCGAGGCUUGGACAACUGGAGACACUACUGCGCAGUGACCGGGAGAAGUACGGGGGGCGCUAAGAUUCAUCCGAUGGUCAGCGGCCAGGUGACGGCUCUCACUCGAAGCACGGAACGCACAUACUCAAUGCUCGUUAGCGGUGACUCGAGGCAGUUCGUGCGCUGGCAGCUCCUGCGGAAGGUGUGGCGGAACUGGGAGCGGGUUGUGCGCUGGAAGCGACGACAUCGAGAGUUCGUGAGACUCGCGUCGGAGCGCUCACUGCGCCUGGUGUUUGCUACGUGGAGGUCACGUGCGCGGGUUGUCCGACAGCAAAAGGUGCUAGUCCGUCGAGUGCUCGCCAGGACGAGUCGGAGGAUCCAGCAGCUCGGGUUGACGUCAUUGCGUCUGCGGUGUGCGGAGGUGUCAGCUCACGAAUGGUCCGAAGUCCUCAAGACGGCGCACGUGGCGAUGGAAGAGGAGCGGAGGCUUCGAGAGGAGCAGCGCCAACAACGAUUCACGGAGCUGCAGACCCAGCGACUGGAGGAUUUCAAGCGGCGGGAGUGCAAGCAUCGGACGCUGAUGAUGUUGAGGUGCGAGAUGCUCCACACUCAGCAGAAGACCGCGAUCGCUCUUCGCUUCCAGCGGCUCCAGCACCGCCGCAGCGAAAUGCGAAGGCUCUUCGCGUCGUGGAAGCGAGUAGCAGGCCGAGCCAGACGCACCAAGGGCGCGAUAGCAGCGCGGGAUACUCGCCGAGAUGAAGUCACCAAAGCCAACUGCUUCCGACUGUUUGCUGACGCGCUCAAGCGUAGACGUCAGCGCCGCUUUCGACUCCGUGCUCUGUUGUCGAAGCUGCGGAGAGCUUGGCUGCUGAGGGGCUGGGUCUGCCUCCACAUCCGAUCCGCCGUUGCCGAGCACAAUGCGAUAGCUCACGUCGAAUUGUGGCAGCUCUCCCAGCAAGCAGACGCAAUGCGGGCCGCCUGCCAAGAGGAGAUCCGACGCAGCAGGAGGGUGGCCUUGAAGUACCAGAUCACGUGCGCUCUGCUCAUGGCCAACAAGAAGCACGAGAAGCUCUUGCGCCGGGUCUUCUGCGGCUGGUCCAAGCGCACAUCAACCCACGCGCGUCAGCGGCACGCGCUGAGGAGAUUAGCAGCUCGUAAGCGAGAGAAGGCGCUCCGAGCUGCCCUUCAACUCUGGGGCCACUUCAACGACGGCAAUGCUGUACGCUGUAACCAGCUGCAUCGCUACCACUUGACUCGACGCCUCCGAGCGCUCCAGGUCGCUUUCGACUCCUGGAGGCGCAACACUCACGAGCGACUUCGACUGAGACUCGCGCGGUAUCAGCAGCGUUCGUGUUUCCGCGCCUGGCGCCAAUCUCACCACCUUCGACAACAGCGCGUGCGAUGGUUCGGGCAGUUCCUUCAGCGAUCCACGGACAAGUGCCGGCGACAAGCUUUCCAGUCCUGGAGACAGGAGCACGACCACUACAAAAAGUUGACUGCCAGAAGAGAAGACGCUGAACACGAGCUCAUAGCGCGACUGUGGCGUCGAUGGAUCGGGUUCGUAGCGUUCCGCUUGCACAAGCGCCACCGUGCACGCGGGAGGAAAUGCCUUCAGGUUUGGCAUCACCACUCGGCGUUGAUGGUUCGGAGACGCGCAGCGCUGAGGCGUAUAAGCCGACGCCGACAUCUUCAGAGCCUUUACAACAAGUGGCAACGCUGGAUGCGAGCCUCGUUGUGUGGUACAAUCGCAACGCUGCAGAUCUCAACGCUCCAAGCUCAAGAACAUGUCGACAGCGUGCUUCAGUCCACGAUGAGGAGCAGUUUACUGCGUCGCAUGAUGCGGAAGUGGCGAUCGAUUGCUGCUGAGAGUAAGCGGCGGCAACGCCGACGAGCCCUCUUCGCCGAAAAACGACGAUACAUGACGCUCCAAGCCUCGCUACGCCAAUGGCAGAGGAAGAUCGCGUGCUCUCCUCUGACCAAGCAGCACCGAGUGCUACAGCACUUGCUGAACAAGUUCCGACUAUCUGUUGAGCGCCAGGUGUUCAGGCUGUGGGAGCGUCGGGCACACAGGCAAACGCUCUUUGAGCGCGACAGGAUCAGCGCUGAACUGUUCCGUCGCUCUGAGGACCGAGUGAUGGCGCUUGCAGAGGAGAUACGAACCGAGCGGGAACGUCGCCUCGUGUUCACCUCGUGGAGAUCCCUCGCCACUCGGAAGAGGACAGCUCGUGAAAGCUUGCAGACUAUUGUAUUGAAACAACAGCUACGGUUGAUGCAGAAUUCGUGGAGCGCGUGGACGAUGCGCACGCAGACACAGCGCUGCCUUGAACGACUGCUAGCAAUUACCACCCGGAGGCUAAAAGCUGCUGCGUGGUCCAAACUCAUGGACAUGUAUCAUCAGCACGAUCGAAGAUCGACUGGAGCUCGACGCGCUGGUUUGAUAUGCCGCAAAAUUCUCUUGCGCCACGCUUGGAACCACUGGAAGCGCAUCGAUAGUCUCCUAGCAAAGGACGCAGCAUUGACAGAAGCGCAGGCAUCGUUGGCCGAGUCCAUACUGGCAUUCAAGGAAAAGUUAGCGAUGCGGCAUCACCAAAAGUGCUGCCAGACGUCGGCGUUCGUCGCGUGGAAGCACCGUCUUGACUGCACAAAGCGACUCCAGCGCCAUCUGCGUGACGUACUCGAGAAGCGAAUUGAGGUGACCACAGCGUGGCAUUUCCAGAAGUGGAGAACGAUAGUGGGCCGGCAGAAUCAACGCCAGCAGCUCAUCCAUCGAGUGGUAAGACGCCACCACGCACGGGAACUCCGCGCUGCACUAGACCGUUGGAGUAGGUGGAUUCUCGUGGCAGCACACCGGCAGCACCUAAAGCAAACACAACUGGCAAUGUCACGCCAGCGAGAGGCGACCGCACAGCGCAUAGCAGCCCAACGCCGGCGAUACAUCGUGGAACAAAGGAUCGCGCUCGCCCAGCACUGCACUCGUCGCCUCCUUCGCAGUGUUUGGUGCUCCUGGCGUGCACUUAUUCUUCAGUCCAAGCGCAGAGUGUAUCUACUCGAGAAAAUACUAAGCAGGACGAGACGUGAGCUUCUCGCCCUCGGCCUCUAUCGGUGGAAUGACUGGCGUACUUGGGUGCAGGAUGUCGACAACAAGUUAAUCCGAUUGAUCAGGGUGUAUGAGGUGUGGCGAUGGCGGCGAGGGUUCUCAGCGCUACGCCAUCACCACCACGAAGUCAUUCGGUACCAGUCCGUCGUGGCGGCGUCAGCGUACUCAGCCCACAGCGCAAGACAGCGAGAGCGCCAAACGAAAUUGAUACGCGGGAUCACACUCGUUCUGCAGCGGAGGACACACUCCGAUCUGUUCACUCGAUGUUUCUUCCAGUGGAUCAGAUACGCGAAAGCCAAAGCAAAGGGGCAACUAAUGAUCCGACAGACACACGAACGCUCUCAGAAACGAAGUGUGCAGCGCUGCUUCAUCAACUGGCAACAGUGCACGCGACGGAGAGCAAUCCUGCAACGGAAGCUGCGCAGACGGCAGGAAUUGUGGGACUUUCGUCGUCAACGACGGAUCUGGACCGCGUGGGUGUUCUUCACUCAACGCUCCGUCGACAUCAAGCACUUCAUCUUCGACAGAUUGGUCGUCUGCGCUCUCCAAGAUGCCUGGGAGCGUUGGGAAUCGUAUACAAAACACGCUAACAGCGUACUUGACGCCCAGCGUGUGGCGCAAUGGCAGCAUGCAGCAGCUGAACGGGAUAACCGGAUCACCACGCUGGAAGACAAGCACGAGCACUUAUUGCUAAGGACCGCGCAGCUUGGACAGCAGAACAAUGCGCUUCGGCAGCAGUUGGUGAGUACAGCGGCCAGGAAGCUUUAUCGCGAGCUCGAGCUCGGGCGCAAGUCGCGCGUCUCAGUCGUAUUUGAGGUGUGGAGGCAUAAACUUCGGCAAACUCAAGCGCUGCAGAAGCAGAUGAAGUCAUUGACGUGGCGAUGCCAGCGACUUGCUCUCCGUCACUGGCAGUAUUACACGUCACAGCUACGCGCAGCUGAUGCGGCGAGGCGAGUGCAGCUGGACGCGACGGAGUGGGCAGCACACGUAGUUCACACGUGCGCCAUGCAGUGGCUUAAGCGGCGGGUUUUCCUCUCUUGGAAAUCCUUCACUGGAACGUGUCGGGGAAUCAAACGCCAGCUUGCAGCGUCCGAGCGUCGGCACAACCACAAACUGGUUCAGAAGUGCUGGGCCAGUUGGAAAUCGACCCUCGACGUGCGAGUACGGCAAGAGGGCAUCAUUGCCGCUAUGCAGACAAGAAAGCGACUGAAAACGCUGCUCCAGACGUACUGGCAAUGGCGAGGAGUCUACAACCGCAGUGGCCUCGCCAAACAGAACGCACUUCGCUUGUGUCUACUGAUCCAGCGUUCGUGGCAGCUCCGACGCUUGUUCCAUGGCUGGAAUCGUUGGCGAUCGUUCACAGUAGAGGCGGAUGCCGCCUUGUUGCACUCGAACUUAGUGUUGGCAGAGCUUGAGCACCAGACUGCAGUAGAAUACUAUUCGCACUUGCAGCUCUUGCUGAGCUCCUUCACCAACUGGAAGUUGUACGUUCGGAGCCGAUGUGAGCGGCGUGAGGGAUACUCACGGGCUGUGUCUGCCGCAAGUCGCCGACGAAUUCUCCGUCGAUACUUCCAAUGUUGGGAACGCAGGAGCGCAUUGAACCGGACACGUCUCGUGCUCUUACGCCGGAUGAAUAGGCAUCUGCAUUGCCACCACAACACCCUCACCAGAUUCGCCCUGUGGGUGUGGUUCUCUCAAGUACGGGCAGACUCUCGAGCGCUGAGACGCAUGACCACGCAGCUUCAGGUCGCGUCCAAGCACUUCACGCCGACAACGGACAUCGCAGCACGAAUCGCGCGCGCACUGUUCACGGACUUGCUGGUGGCCGAGCACCAGUUGCUCCGAUCGCAGCAGCGUAGCGCCUGGAAAGUCGUCAACGCCACGGCUCGCAGUGCGCGUCGACGACAACUUCGCGCUGCCUUCGACCGACUCGCCAGCAGUAGCUCAGCAGCUUCCAGAGCCGGUAAGCGCCGCUUCUUGACUCCGAAGCACGUCGCCAACGCGCGCGCCUUCGUCGACAAGUUGACGUCCGUGCUGCUGCGCUCGGGCUUCCAGCGCUGGAAACGGCAGUACCUGGCGCUGGCCAUCCAGGAGGCCGAGGAGGCCCAGCAGGAGCUGCUGCGCGCGCUGCACCACGUCACUUCGUACCGACAGGCGCUGGGUCCGUACGCCAACUAA